GGCAAACCUAUGGUGGGAGCGGAGGUUUUGUUUCCGGGCCGAGGGGAACGUACCGUGUGUGUGGUGGGCAGCGCUGGGGGCUCCCGGGGCGCGACCCGGCGGGCAUGGACGAGGACGGGCUGCCCAUUGUGGGCUCCGGCAUUGACCUCACCAAGGUUCCUGCUAUACAACAGAAAAGAACUGUAGCAUUUCUAAACCAAUUUGUUGUUCACACGGUGCAAUUCCUCAACCGCUUUUCUACUGUAUGUGAAGAGAAAUUGUCAGCACUCUCACUCCGUAUCCAGCAGAUUGAAACAACACUCAAUAUUUUGGAUGCAAAGUUAUCCUCUAUUCCUGGCCUAGAAGAUGUCAAAUUUCAAGCAUCCAGUACAAAUAUGAACAGCGUUACAAAUGGUCCUGUGGCACAAGCUACUACAGACCAACAGGCAGCUGUAUCACCACAACCUGGACAGAACAAUACACAUGAAGAAGGAUUACAGAAAACUGAGGUAGUAACAGAAAAUGUCACAACUGUGGCCAAAGAUCCAAGAUAUGCCAGAUACCUCAAAAUGGUACAGGUGGGUGUUCCUGUAAUGGCAAUAAGAAAUAAAAUGAUUUCUGAAGGGCUGAAUCCAGAUCUUCUCGAGACCCCAAAUGCCCCUGUGCCUGCCUGGGGAGAUGAUGGGAAAGCAGAAGACAGUUCUGAUAGUGAAUCUUCAUUUAGUGACUAAAGAGACUUAUUUCAGCCUCUGGAAACCUCUGCUAAGUGCUAAUGUGUUUGGAGCUUUAGCAAACAAUGGGUUUGUCACAUAGGUGAUGUGUCACAUAGGUGACAUUUAUCUGACAGCAUUCUUAAGAACUAAGAUCCUCCCUGUUCUCUCCCAGAAAGUUUGAACAGGCAAGUGUGUUUCAACCUGAACAUAUAUACCAUGAAAAUUAAUUCUGAGAUAAUUGCAACCUUUAUAAAACUCUAAAAAAUCCCAUGCCUCUAAACCUCCAGAUCUGUAAGGCUGCAUUCUGGUCAUUCUAGGGUUUUCUAUUUUACACAUGUUGCCUUCUUUUUGUCCCAUGACUUGCAGGUAAAGUAACUUCCCAAAAUGAAAUAGUUUCAUCGAUGAGCUGUGUUUGGGUUUUUUUUUCUAAUGUACUAUAUUCUGAAGUAAUACAACAAGAAUUGCAUAGAAGUCAGCUAUUUUGUGGUAACUGCAAUCAGUGAGAAACUAAAAUAUAA